AUGAAAGAUAGCCAAGAUCCGUAUGCCGGUGAUCUCCCGUUUGGCGAAAUAGCAACCCAAACGCCGAUUCUGACGGCCAAAACACUGGAAGAAAAUGAAGAAGUUAUCACUUCCAAAGUGAAUGACCGGAAAGCCGACUUGGAUGCCGAUUUGGGCUCUGAAUCGGGCUUCAGCACGUCUUCAAGUGCUAGUAGGCCCAAAACGUGGAUAUGCGAAUAUGAGGGCUGCAACAAGGCCUUUUCAAGACCAUCACAGCUAACGGAACAUCAAGAAACUGUUCACAGGGGAAUAAAGGCUUUUCGAUGUCCCCACUGCGACCAAAGCUUUAGUCGCAAGUCUCAUUUAGAAAGACAUCUUUUUUCACACUCGGAGGAAAAACCGUAUCACUGUUCUGUGUGCAACAAGGGGGUCACUACUAAGCAACAACUACGCAGACAUGAAAUUACUCACACCAAAUCCUUCAAAUGUCCCUACGAUAACUGCGAUGAAAGUUUUCACAAACACCCACAACUUAGGUCUCACAUUCUAUCAGCACAUCUGCAAAAACUGACUUGUGAACACUGCGGUAAAAAGUUUCAGCGUCCUUACCGGCUUAAAGCGCAUUUAAAUAAACAUCAUAAUCCUGACGCCGUGUUCAAAUAUCAGUGCACCCACAGUUCGUGUUUACAAUCCUUCAAGACGUGGACUGCAUUGCAACAACACAUAAAGGAGCACCAUCCAAAGCUUUCAUGCCCAAUAUGUAACAGGGCCUGUGUCGGGGAAUCAGGUCUGGCCAUGCACAUGAAGAUACACGACACGACAACGGUCAUAAAAAAUUGGAAAUGCGAGCGCUGCCCAGAUUUAUUUUUUGCCAAGAAAACGGAUUUAGUUGCGCAUUACAUGGAAUUCCAUAGAGAGCUGGUCUCGGAUUUGCUGGCAAACGAAGAGACAUGCAGUAAACCGCACGAUACCAAACAGCCGAUUCCAGAAUUCACUAAACCAAAACGACGCUCAAAGUCAGGAGCACAUCCUCAGGAAUCUGAACUGGAGUCUAUACAAACCGAGGUGACUUUACGCAAGUAUUUGGAGACAGGAAAUUCUACAAUCUCAUUGCUGCAUCAUUCCGCUGGCAGGAAGCUACAGUGCUCUUAUCCGAAAUGUUAUAGAACAUUCAAGACUCAGGAAAGGUACGAUUUACACAUUCAGAAACACAAGAUUCAUGAGCUGAAGCUUAAAAUUCUACAGGGACGAGAAUCUGAAAUAAUACCAACGGAUGCAGACAUGGCUCAAUCAGCAGGGGAAGAACAUAGUUAA